GACCCUACUGAGGAGAGAUUGAGAACAUGGCAGUACGUUUAUUGGUUUCCUUCAUUGUGUCAAUCACAUUUUUUGUGACGAUUCCACCUUCAUUUCAGUGUGAUGUUCAUCUCUUGAUGUUCAUCUCUUUCUCUCUGUGUCUCUUGUAGAUGAGGCUGUUUUUUGUGGCUCUUCUCCCUGUUGUGUUGGGAGGUGACUGUAAAUUAAUGCCAUUCGACUGUUCUGACGUCUACAACUCUGGACAAACAGUCAGUGGGAUUUACUCCAUCUAUCCAGCAGGUGACACUCCUGUCUGGGUUUACUGUCACAUGAUCUCAGGUGGGAAAGAUGAAGAUAAAGGAGGAUGGACGGUGAUUCAGAGGAGAAUGGACGGCAGUAUUAAUUUCUAUCGGCCGUGGAAUCAGUACAAGAGAGGAUUUGGGAAAGUGGAGAGUGAAUACUGGCUGGGGCUGGAGAACAUGUACCAGCUGACACGUAACAGGAAGUACAUGCUGAGAGUGGAUCUGGAGGACUUUGAAGGAAGGAAAGGUUUUGCUCUGUACUCGUCCUUCUCUGUGGGUUGUGAAUGUGCCGGAUAUCAGCUGCAUGUUUCAGGAUUCACUGAUGGAGGAGCAGGCGACUCUUUAUCUGGCCAUAAUGAUCAGAAGUUCACCACCUUUGACAAAGACCAAGACAUCUAUGGGAACAACUGUGCCAAACUACAUCUCGGGGCAUUUUGGUACACAGCCUGUCACAGAACAAACCCCAACGGUGUGUAUUUGUGGGGAGAAGAUGAUACUCAUGAUGCCAUUGGUGUUGUUUGGUCAAGCUGGAAAAACAAUUUCUCUGUCAGUAUGAAAUCCAUCAGCAUGAAGAUCAAACGUGUGUCUUAGAAACAUUACAGUGCUUCUGAAGGGGAAACAUUGGACUUUCUUAUCUCAUUUUACAACAUUUCACUGUAACUAAGCAAUCAUAUGUUAAUGUCUUUGAAAUGUAUGUUGGCUGUUGGUG